AUGAAGAGUCUAGACACAUGUGCUGUAGAGUGUUUCCAGACCGAAUGUUUGUCUAUCAACUACCAAAGUGAGACUAAGGAGUGUCAGCUUAGUAAAGACUCCCCCUACACCAACCCGGUGUUAGUACAGGAGGCACAAUACUGGGAAAUCUACUACCUACAGAAAGAAAAUGACUGGGAGCUGGUCUUCAGAGCUCAGGCCCACAACAACAUCAGUCCUUAUAAUGCCUGGAUAGGGACGUUGUCUCUACCAACAUUAGUGGAAGAGGGCUGCCUGCUAUUGAUGAAUACAUCCACGUGCACGACCAUAUAUAGAAACGACAUUCUGAACACAUGGGAUUCGGAGAGCAUUUCUGAGGUAAAGCUAGAACUCUACAAAGCUGGUGUCAGAGUGGUAAACAUCCGCUUUGAUGGUAAAGGAUCGAAUUAUAUCGAUUGGUUUGGCAUCGACCGAUUAAUAGACAGUGGCUGGGAGACCUUGACUAAGCAUCGCACGUUUAAUCACUUCACGCUAUGGGGGUCAGAAUGGAGAAGAUUUUUGAUUAACCAGUAUUAUGGUGGCUGUCCCUUUGACUCUGGUUGGAUGGCAGUAAUUGAAUCUAAUCGGAAUAUGGAAUUUUGUGCCUGGGAGUCCUCCUCAAUUAGACCAGUAUUUUUGUUUGCUAGAGGAGAAGACGUUACACGAUGGAUAAACUAUGAUCACGGCUUUGCAGAUGUAUUAGCAGUGUUCAUCAGACGUUGA